CGUAAUGUUGAUGUCAGAAACGGAACAUUUCUUUUUAAAUAUCUGCAGGUUUUUACAUUGAAUUUUAAAAAUUAUUUCUCAUAAUAAUUACAUGCGUUUUUAAAAUAUUACGGACAAUAGUUUUUGUUCGGAUACAAAUGUUUACCUGGUUAGUACUUUGAUGGGUUUUAGAAAACUCCCCCAAGCUUUUUAUUAGUAAUGGUAGAGUCCAAACUGGAACUGCCAUUUAUUUCUUUCGUUUUUCCUUAAAAGAAAAACAACAACAUUCAUUGUAACGGCCUCUGUACUGGAUCAACUAAUUGGGUGUCAAGUGUAAGUUGGUUUAGAUUUCAAAAAGGGUUUUAAAUUAUUUAAAAUUUAUUAAUAAGGCUUGCCAUACUGGCUUUCUGUCCGACACCCCUGUCGUUGCUGAGUCCUUCUUCUGGUACUUCCUUAUUCGAAAGUUUUAUUUAGGGGAAGGCUCGAGAGGGAAAAGUUAGACUCUUGUUUGGGUAUUAUUUCAAUGUAAAAGCAUGUACCGUAUGCUUGAUACAUUUCUAGCGUGACUAUAGUGUUGUUUCAUGGCUUAAAUUAUUGGAAGCUACCAUCCGUGAAAGGCUCGCCAAGAGGAAGAUGUCCACGGCUAACGACGUUAGCGAAGACUUCAGAGUGAAGUUUCCCCUGCAUGUCGCAGUGUGGGACAAUGAUUACAGAAGACUGGAGGAACAAAUAAGGCUACAGAACGACAUUGACAACGUUGACCCCAGAGGUCGAACAGCAUUACACCUGGCCGUGUCACUGGGACACCUGGAAUCAGUGAGAGUCCUCCUGAGACAUGGUGCUGCAGUAACUAAAGAAAAUGCCAACAACUGGACAGUGUUGCAGGAAGCAGUGAGCACUGGAGAUCCAGAGAUGGUCCAGUUGGUCCUUCAGCGCAGAGACUACCUCAAAGCCUCCACUGCUUUGGGAGGAGUUCCAGAGCUCCUGUCAAAGAUUCGAAAGUCUCCAGACUUCUAUAUGGAAAUGAAGUGGGAAUUCACCAGCUGGAUUCCUCUUCUAUCACGGGUUUGUCCAAGCGAUGUCUGCCGCAUAUGGAAAAGUGGUGCCUGCCUGCGAGUGGAUGCCACUCUUCUUGGCUUUGAAAACAUGACAUGGAUCAGAGGUCGUAGGAGCUACAUAUUCAGAGGAGAUGAUUCGUGUGCAGAGCUGAUGGAGAUAAACCACGACGAUCAAGUGGUUGAUGUUGAACGCUUCAACAUAUCUCAAGAAAUGGAAGACGUGACAUUGGAAUCGAUGCAGCCUCCAGAGCAGGAAGUCGCUAAAAGGCUGACCACCCCUAUUGUCAACACAUACUUGGACACAAAGGACAUUGCCUUUGAGAGGUCCAAGUCUGGGAUCUGGGGCUGGAGAUCGGACAAAACAGAAGCAGUCAAUGGAUUUGAAGCAAAGGUUUUCACUGUCAACAAUGUAAACGUGGUCAUCAGGACAAGGACAGAGCAUCUAACGGAUGAGGAGAAGGCCAGGAUUAAAAGUGAAAGAAAUGUUCUGGAGUCCCUGCUGGGAACGGUGGAGCAGCACAUCAGUGCACAGGGGGACUUGACACUUGAAUAUGCAACUGCCACAAAUCCCACUGCAAUCCUCCCAGAGGAGUACUUUAAUCCAGAGUUUGACCUGGGAAACAGAGAUAUCGGCCGUCCCAUUGAGCUGAGCAUUCGAACUCAAAAGUUUAAAGGUACCCUCUGGAUGAGUGAGGAGCAUCCUCUGUCCCUGGUAGAGCAGGUGACCCCCAUCAUUGACCUUAUGGCUCGAACCAGUUCCCAUUUUGCACGUCUCCGAGACUUUGUGACCCUGAAAUUUCCCCCUGGGUUUCCUGUUAAGAUAGAGAUUCCUCUGUUUCAUGUACUGAAUGCCAAAAUUACAUUUGGCAAUGUAAAUAAAUGCAGCACUGAAGAAGAAGUGACCACAACACCGGCAGCCACACCCACAUCCGCAGGAGAAGAGGAAGCAGCAGCAGCAGAACCUCCUCUGUUUCGGGUGUGUUCCUCGGUGUUUGAGGUACCAGCCAAUUAUCACCGCCGGGGGGUCAGCCGCCACAUGCCAGUGUCCAACAAUGACGAGGAGCUUUUGCAGUACGCCAUUCAUCAGAGUCUCUUGGAGUCUCAUGGUCAGCAGGGCAUCUGGGAUGUUGCUGAUGGGGAUUUUGUGGAUGUCAUGCCAAGCAUCCCAAAUGACAGGAGCGUCCCAGAAGGCAUCCUGGUAGACAUUGCCAACAGCUCUAGCCCCCCCUCUGCCUCUAGCCCCGACUCUGACCUUCAUCUUGCGCUGGAGCUCUCUACACAAGCUCAGCAGGAAGAGGAGAGGAUGAGGAAGCAGGAGGAAGAGGAGCUGCAGAGGAUCUUACAGCUGUCGCUCACAGACAAGUAAAAGGAACAAAAGGGGAUAAUAUUCCAAUUCUUCCACAUGCAGCAACAAACACCACACCUCGGUUUUCCUCUCUAACCAACCUACUUCUAUGCAAUGCGGAUUUCUAUCUGCAGCAGAUCUGUUUAGCAAGAUCAGACUUCUAUUAUUUUCCAACAAGUAUUUUUGGAUAAAUAUAAACUUUUAUAAAUUUCUAUCCUGGCAUUUUUCCAUCUUUCUUAAACUGUUUUUGAAUACAGUCUUGUUUUUUUUUUUUUUUCUCCAACUCAUUCAUGCACCAUCAGUCAUUCCUAUCGUUUUCAGGGGAGGUUUGACAUUGAUGCAGCUUAAGUUCUAUGAACACAUAGGUUGGAUUACAGCAUCUGAUCUUCUGAAAGGAUGGUGCCCCGAUGGUGCUCUUAAAUCGUAAGAAGAAUAAGUCCUUUUCAUUGUUGCCAGAACUUGUCACCGCUGAUUUUGUGAGCUGGGUAAAAAAACAGCCCACAGCGCGACAUGAAACUGCAAGCACUGCAGAGCCACUAGGACAGAUUUAAAUGUUCUUUUUUUUUUUUUAAUGAAGUCUUUCUGCAGAGUCUCUAUUUUGAGCAUCUUGGCCUCACAGAUUAAGAGCAAUCUCAGGGUUUCUACUUUCCCUUUAAUUGGAAUUAGUGUGUUAAUUGUACAACUGUCGUUUAAAACAAAUUGUAAUCUUUUUAUUUAAGGUACCAGCCAUGCAUAUCUGUCCGUGUGCUAUGUUGUUGAUUCAAAAAGUUGGGAACACUUGUGAACGCUUUUCCGUGUACUUCCUUCAUGUAGAGAAUACGGAUGGGGAAACUAAAGCAUGUAGCUGUGAGAGGUUAAAAUAAGAUGCAUGGUGCCGUAUUUCUGCUGCGACCAGGAUGGAAGUUUUGAAAAUGGGGCCUGUUUUAGUCAUUUGUCUUGAUUUUUCUUUUCUUUUUAAAUAAACCGCCACUGAGCAGCUUCACCUCAACAGCAGAGGGGGAAAAAAAGCUAUAUGUGAGACCGUCUGUCUGUGGACUGUGAUGGACCACUAACUCAACUACUGUAACAGAGAUUAUUGAAGUCUGUACGGAUACUUUGCCUUUUGUAGCAGCAAACAACUUAACACCUCCCAAAUGGAAGGAAAGACUCCCCAGAUCGAGCUUGCUUUUAGCAGUAGCUUCUGAAUUGUGUGCCAAGGAUUGCUUUAGCUCUGAACUUGCCUGAUGGAGUCACUGUGUCUGUGGUGACAGCUUUAUCGAGUGCCACUUCAAAUAAACCUUUAAAAUAUAUAUAUAUUUUUAUUUUAAUUUCCAGAUUUUGUCUUUCUCAGAAGAAAAAAAGGGUCCCACGUGUACUACCGAGUCUGAGAGACAUUCAUUAACCACUGAAGUUGAUUUAACUGACAGCCAGCCACUUUUUUAAGCUCUCUGAUUGGUUGUCGGACUGCGCCUCUGGCUUUACGGCGGCUCAUUCUAAAGACUUAACUUGCCAACCUGCUGAACAGUCAAAAAUAAAGGUUAACUAAGGGUAAAAUAAUGCAACGAUUUCAACACCGAGCAGCUUUUAAAAAAAAAAAGUUUGUAUGUUUAAACUUUUAAGAGCGAAUGUGUCUGAAAAUGUUCUAAAAAUAAAAGCACUUUAUUUCCAUGA